CAUCUCUUCUGGAUCUCAAAUUUGGGCCAUCUCUCUCUCUCUCUCGCUCUCUCCAUCGAGGACCGAUGAUGGCGGGAGCGACCACGAACCAAAGCGCUGGGUUCUCCUCCUGAUUUGCCCCACAGAGCGGUCUUCUUGUAGUGUUUGACUCCUUUGAUCCAUCUCUAGGUCAGGGGAGAUGGCUUGUGGUAGGCUUUGUGUCCUCCUUGUGUUUGGCUUCCUUGUUGUGGCUCUCGAUGCCAGCCAUGGCGACCGGGAUCUGAUCUAUAGAACUUGUGUUGAGCAAUGUGAAGAAAUAGGAUCUGUCGGCGAUAUUUCUGUUGCACAUUGCCAGUUUUCACCAGAUGUUGCGCAUGCCAAGAGUACUUGGUAUACGCAAGAGCCACUUUAUAUGCAGUGGAAACAACUCAACUGCAGAAGUGAGUGUCGAUACCAUUGUAUGAUGCAAAGAGAAAAGGAAAGGGAAGCUACAGGACGCACUCCUGUUAAGUAUCAUGGAAAAUGGCCCUUGAAACGAAUUUUCGUGUUCCAGGAGCCUAUCUCAGCAGCCUUGUCAGCAUUAAAUCUCUUGAUGCACUUCAUUGGCUGGCUAUCAUUUUUCAGCUUGGUAUGUUACAAGCUGCCUUCGAGGUCUCAGACUAAAAGACCAUACUAUGAGUAUACUGGCUUGUUGCAUAUAUACGGGCUCUUAUCAAUGCAUGCCUGUCUCUGGAGUACUAUAUUCCAUACCUUGGAUUUUGAUUUAACAGAGAAGUUGGAUAUUUCAUCAGCUGUGGCUCUUCUUGGAUAUUCCGUAAUCCUGGCUUUACUGCGGAUCUUCAAUGUGAAGGAUGAAGCAUCCAGGGUUAUGUUUGCAGCACCGGUUUUGUCCUUCGUGACAACACAUAUCAUGUAUCUCAACUUCUACGAACUUGACUACAAUUGGAAUGCGAAAGUUUGCCUUGUGAUGAGUGUCGCUCAACUUAUUAUGUGGUCAGUAUGGGCUGGUGUCUCUCACCAUCCUUCACGCUUCCGGUUAUGGUUGGCAAUGCUUGGUUAUGGCACCACAAUUUGGCUCAGAAUGAUAGACUUCCCUCCUUACGAAGGAUAUAUCGACGCCAAUUCACUGUUGCAGUUCAUCAAUUUGAUCCUCACAUACCUCUUGUGGAGCUUCUUCAAGGCCGAUGCAGUGUUCCGGACCUCAGGCCCUCAUGAAGAAGGUGAAGCACCAGUAAUAACAGUCCCCAUUGAAACUCACUCAUUCAUGCUGAUGGGAUUUGGUGCGCCUGCCGUGUUUUGAGCUGCAAAUUGCAGCUUUUUCUCCGAUGUAUGAUGAUCGGAUUCCAAUUUUCUUGAAUUGGCUUUUGUAGCAUGGUCCUCUCCUGAUGUAUUUAUGAACAGUUCUUCUAGGUUCAAUUUACUGCUAAGGCUGACAGUUUUGAUGUUUAAUUUAAGGCAUGGCUAAAGUUUCAGUAUUGAAAUCUA